GCAUCCGGCGAUUUACAUUUCGUUGUGGAUUGCGCUCAGCUCGAGCGUGAUUUUGUUCAACAAGUGGAUUCUGUUUACGGCGAAGUUUCGUGCGUAUCUUGCUGUCCCCAGAUGGAUGAUUGAUGGGUGAUGCUGACGUUUGUGCGCAGAGUUCCGUAUGACAAGGCUAAGAUGUUUUUUGCGGGUUCCAAUGGUUGCUAAUUGGUCGUAGCCCUCUUUCUCACGACGUGGCAUAUGCUGUUCGCUGCGGCUAUGACCCAGGGCAUGGCGCGCUUCACGAACUACCUUGAUUCCCGACACAAGGUGCCCAUGACUACGGAGGUGUACAUGCGAGCCAUCGUCCCGAUCGGUGUCAUGUUCAGCAUGAGCUUGAUUUUCGGCAACGUGGCGUACAUGUACUUGAGCGUGUCCUUUAUCCAGAUGUUGAAGGCCACGAAUACCGUCGCCACUCUGCUUGCCACGUGGAUUUUCGGCCUGGCACCACCCAACAUGAAGACCCUUGCCAAUGUCUCGACGAUUGUCAUCGGAGUCGGCAUUGCUUCUUACGCAGAGAUCAACUUCAACUUGGCCGGCUUCCUCUUCCAAGCUGGAGGCAUCCUCUUCGAGGCCACGCGUCUGGUGAUGGUGCAGCGGCUGCUGAGCUCCGCGGAUUUCAAGAUGGACCCCAUGGUCUCCCUCUACUACUACGCGCCCGCGUGCGCCGUGAUCAACGGCGUCAUUACUCUCAUCAUCGAAGUUCCCAAGAUGACGUUGGCGGACAUCAGCAACCUUGGUGCGGGCGUCCUGCUCGCCAACGCCUUCGUGGCUUUUUGCUUGAAUGUGUCCGUUGUGUUGCUGAUCGGCAAGACCUCCGCCGUCGUGCUCACGCUCUGCGGCGUCCUCAAAGACAUCCUGCUCGUCAUGGCAUCGAUGGCCAUCUUCGGCGACCCCGUGACCAUCAUACAGUAUUUCGGCUACUCGAUUGCGCUGGGCGGGCUGGUGUACUACCGACUCGGCGGCGAGAAAUUGCAGCAGUUGGGUCGGCAGACGCGCCUGACGGUUGGGGAUUACCAGCGUGAGCACCCCAUUCGAUCACGCGCUGUUGGGCUUUGUGCCACUCUCGCUGUUAUUGGUGUCGUUGUGUGGACUUGGCUGCCGGUGGCGCCGUCGUUGGGAGUUUGAGGAUGUCCUUGUGCUUCGUUUAGGUAAGCGUCGGAGUGUAUACUUGGAGAUUGGGCGCUGUCAAUAUGCAUGUAUAGAAUACCCAUCGGGAUUUUACUUCAUGUACAUUUAAACGAACUAGACUGCUCUCUAAGCUCCAGGGAAACAUUCACCAAAUUGAUGAAGCC